AUGAAACUAUUUAAAUAUUUAUCUUUAUUUGGGAGAUACAAUAUAAUAAAGAUAUUAAGCUACCAUAGCAAUUCUACAAAAUUAAUUAAAAGAUUUUUUAUAAGUAAAAAUAAUGAAUUUAAUAAUAAAUAUAAUAUAGUAGAUAUUGAUAAUAUAAAAAAGACUAAAAAAUUGGAAUGUCAUAAUUGCCAUAACAAUAUCAAUGUGGAUGUAGUACCUUUUUUUUGUAAAAGUUGUAAAGCGCUAGUUAAUGUAGAUGUCUUUAAAAUUUUUAAUAUUUUUGAACUUUUUGAUUUAGAAGUAAAUUAUGAUAUAGAUAAAGCUUUUUUAAAAAAAAAAUUUAAUGAUAUACAAAAAAUAUACCAUCCUGAUAAAAAUGCUCAAAGUUGUGAAUUAGAGAAAAUAAAUGAAGUAUCAAGUUAUUUAAACAAUGCAUAUAAAACACUACUUAACGAUAUUGAUAGGGCAUUAUAUUUAAUGGAAAUUCUCUAUAAUUAUAAAAUACCAGAAGAAGAAAGUAUGGAUGAUGAAGAGUUUUUGACUGAAAUUAUAAAAAUUAAUGAAGAAAUAAAUAGUUCUAAUGCUAACAUUGAAUUAUUAACAAAGAAAUACAAAGAAAUGUAUGAGAAUUAUGUUAAGAGUAUAAAAUUAUAUUUCAAAGAAAUGGAUUUUGACAACAUAUUAAAUGCUUUAAAAAAAUUAAAAUUUAUAAAUAGAAUUUUAGAACGAUUACAAAAUUUUUAA